CAUUUAUCGAGGUACGCGAGAUGCGCUCUGCGUUCGAUGUCUGAAAAAAUAUGUGAAUAACGAAGUAUCCCGAUGAUCCCUAAGCGCGGGAUAUCGCGCGUCCAUGUCCUAAGAUAAUGUAAAAUGACUAUCAUAUUUAUUUAGGAUCUGUACGAUUGUGUAAUAGUGAUUUGGUGCGGUCAAAGUGUCCAACAGGGUACCCCUACGCCAUUUUGUGAUCCCUUACGAAGACGCUCCUGUCAUGAUUCGUGCGAAAUGAACAACGUUUAAAAAUAUGCACGCGAUUUUCUACCACCUUAUUCAGCGUUACGAAAUCGGGAAUUAUUUAUCUUAACAAAAAUCUGAUUUACAGUAUCUGUACCUUGAACUCUUGGACAUAACCUAAUACUUGCCAAAAGAAUUACCUGAGAUGUAUAUGACAAAGUUGAUGAGUAGAUUGUUAGUGAUUGUUUUACUUGUUGAAACAUUGAUUGAUUAACAAAUUGUUACGUUUAAUCGUGAAUAAAUAACUUUUAUACAUCGUUGAAAAGGAACUGGAAGUCGCAAGAGAUGCUCACUCUUCAUACCUGAUUACUAUAAUAACAUAAUAUCAGAUAAUGUCCGGGGAUUCGGGGUGGAGCGCGGUCAUCCACCGUCCCUCAGAACUGGAAUUACAAAAUUGGAAUUGGGAUGAGAAUGACGGAGAUCAAGAGCGAGAACUCCCAUCUACUGUAGAUAUGGAUGCCAUCAAAGGUGGGGGGAGCUGGGAUCCUCCCAAUGGUACUAAUGGCACAGAUUCCGUCGAUUCUGAAGAUGAUUCGGAAUCAGAAGAGGAGAGUUCUGCUGGUUCAGAUGGCAGCUGUUCUUUCUCGGAUUCAAAUUCCGAUUCAGAGGAAGAGAGCACGGCCGAAGAAGAAGAAGACGAAGGUGAAGAUAGUGGAUCCGAUUCUGACUGCACUUCAGAAAGGAGUGAGCAGACGUUUUCCAUUCGGGAGACAAACUUUGAGCAGCUUACUACUAUCAAACGUGAUGACCACCGGGAGGACUCAUUGACUAUUCUGGGAGCAUUAAAGCUGAAAAUUGCAUUGAAGGCUUCUAAAAAAGAAGAUGUGGAUAAACCAAAAUGUGAAAAACCUCGACGACCUGCCUCCAGACGACCCAAGGUUUCUAGUCGCAGUACUAAAGUAUCAGAGUGCAGCAGUGAUGAAUCCGAGACAGCUAAUGCACGUCCAGUACCCCAGCAGCAGCAGCCGCUCCAAGAAAUAAAUCAAGAAGAUUUGGCUGCCAUUUUACCUGACCAAGAACAUGAAGAUGCUCCAUUUGAUGGUUUCGAAGAUUCCGAGAGUGGACGUUUGGUUUCUAAGGCAAUUGAAAGAAUGUCUCUUGGAGCAGAUUCUGAUACCAGUGAAAAUACUGACCAGAAUCCCGUUCCUGUUUACAGUUCUACGUUGCUGCAACAGUUCGUUGAAAAAACGGCCAUGCUUUCAGAGCCUAGGAAAAGGCGAAGCAAGCCUUUGAAGAAAUCAAAUGAACCUGAGUACGCAUCCGUAUCUAAUGUUUCCCCUGACUCAGGGAUUCAGUCAGUUAAUAACAGUCCCUUGCACUUAGGUGUGAGUCCUAUUAGUCCACCACUACCAUCUCAAUCACCGGUUCAAGUAGCUCAAUCAAAACCAGCUGUCAAUGUUGAUAGAAUUUUGUAUCCACCUAAAAGGAAACCUGGAAGACCCGCGAAAAGCAUUUCUACCCAACCUAGAGGACCGGGUAGGCCAAAAUUAAAGCCUGAAAUUAUUGAAAAAAUUGAAAAAAUUGAACGAAAUGAAAGUCCCGGAAUAAAAAAAGCGAAGGAAAUUGUUACAAAUGAAAAGCGAAUGAAAGGCAGCAGUACUCAGGGUAAUAGUAAGAUGUCUGAAGAAAAUAAAGAUGAAUCUGUUGGUAAAAUGAAAAAAUCCAAAAAUAAAAGGCAUUGUCAAGAUAAAAAAUGCACUUCUCUCAAGACCACACAAGAUAGAAUUUCUUCAAAGUCUGAAAAAUUACAUUCUCCCCAGGAUAAGUGCCUAAAUAAACCCAACAAACAAGCUAAAAACCUUCCACAGUGCGAUGGGAAUACCUGCAAGAAUGUCAGGCAGGAAAGAUCUACUGGCUUAUCAAAAACCACGUCACCAUCACGACAGAAGUGUUCAUCAAGGCAGAAUCAGACUGAAGAUAAAUUGAAUCAUAGUCAAAAAGUUUCAAAGGAGAACAGGGCUGAUGCAUCACCUGCAUCAAAAAAGCAAGGCACUGGUAAAAAACUUAUGACGUCAGCUCCAAGAAGAGUUUUGAAAGAAAACAAAAACAGUAAAAAGUCUGCUGUUAAUUCAACUUCAUCUGGAGUUGGUCAUUCUGUAGAGAUGGGCUUGCUCAUGGAUGCCAAAAUGAAAUGUGAAAAUCCAGAAAACGAUUCAAAACAGACGUUUAAAAACCCGCUUCAGAAUCGCCGCCGUAAACAUCAUCACAAACAUAAGAGACGAUAUUUGGUGCCACCAAAAACCCCAGUGCGUAUUGAUCCGUGCGUUAUUCAAGAAUUGGAGAAAUUAAUUGAGGAGUUUUCGAAAUGUUGCAGCUUGGGACGAACAACCACAAAUUCCAUGCAUUCUGAGUUACCACAGAUUUUUCGUGUGAAGAAAAUUACUAAAAAAAGAAAAGGUGGUGAUGUUAGUUUGAAUGAUGAACAAAAGUUGAAAAGACGUCUGAAGAAAGAGAAGGUCUCAUCAGGUGCUGAAUCAAAAAAUAGCACAAGCACCAAUUCAAAUUCAAAUUCGAACGAACAAAGGUUGCCAUUAAAAAAACGACACUACCAUGUAUCAAGCCCACACAGUUCUCAAAGUUCUAAUGCCAGUUGCACCGAAAUUAGUAACGUUGAAACAAAUUCAACCGAAAGUCAUAUCGAAGAAGCCAUAGAAGCUACUAUAACAAGAUACAGCAGCAGUCCUUCAUUGAACAAAGCCUCUAUUCCGGUAACUCCUAAAAAGAGGCACAGAGAUGUCGAAAACGUACCACUGGAAAAGCUAGAAAAUGAAUCGUUUGGCCCGGCAGAUGACAAACCCUUAAAUUUACCAGAAAUUCAACCUAGACGAAAAAAAAAAAUUCUAAGAGAUCUUCGCGUCACUGUUACCAAAUUGGAUACAACAGAUAAUUAUACACCCAAUGAAAAACAGGAGAAAAUGGAAAAAAACUCGGGUGAAAAAAUUGUAAAACAACAAUCUGAUAAACUAAAUAAAAAUGAAAAACUGCAGUCAGAUAAAUUAGGAAAAGUUGAUAAACCUCAGUCUGAAAAAACCGAAAAGAAUCAGUUGGAUAACAAGAACGAAAGAUUUCAAUUGAAAAGUAUUUCUAAUGGAAGUGGGUUUGUAUCAAAAAACACGUCAGAAACAUUGGACAAUGAUAAUUUGAGCUUGGAUAACAAAAUCACAACUAGAAAGGAAUUCAGUUUGAACGUUCCAAACCCAGUCAAUCCAUUGGCUGCCUUAAUUUUAACAAAAAGAAAAAUUCGUCGAAGAAAGGCUAUAAAUAGAACUGGGUUUCCAACUUUGAAGAAAAAGAAGAAAAAACUACCACUGUCAGCUAACGGUAUUAUAUUACAGAAUACAUCUUCCAUUACUCAAGCAUCGAAAUUUAAAAUUGCAAGGGAAGAUUUCAAAUCUUCCAAAAUGGAAGAUGGCGACUCAAUCUUGAAGCAGGCAGAAGCCCAAGAUGUACUUCCAAUUCUUGAUCACCUAAAGAUGCAAGAUGUAGACAGUGAGAAACCUGAUGACACUGAAAUCGAUAUUAUCGAUUCCGAAGAUUCUGCCUCUCUGCAAGACCACCCCUUGAGUAAAAAUUGUUCUGAAAAAGUGUACAAAGGUUUAACUGGACAACUCCGAGUGCGGAAGGAUUUAGUUGAAUGUGAUGGUAGUAAGCCUUGUGAUAAAUUGUGCCCGAUUAAGUAUGAGAAAGUACAAGAUUCUAGAAUUUAUGAUGAGAAUGCAACUUUAGAAGAAUCUCUUGAGAGGUAUAAUCAAAGUCAAAGAGUGGCAGAAUUGAGUGAAGAAAAUUUGAGAAAAUUGGAACGUGCUAAUUCGCAAGACACAGUAAAACUGGAAAUCUCAGGUAAUCUCAACAAUAAUCACAGUCACAAAAGGAGAAGAGGUUCUGUAAGCCCUUGUAACUUGACAAUAAGAAAUUUGAAAAGACUACGGAAUGCUGGGUAUGAUACUGAAAGUGACGCAAUGCCAAGCAGUGAUGUAGCCAGUGACGAUCAUGAACUUGGAAAGCAUCUAGGAUCGUCACACAGCCGAAAGAAACAGCCCAGGUGGAAGAAAAGAUAUCUUCAAGCUGGGCUUUUCUCAGAUUAUUUCAAAGAAGAUGAACCCAGAAAAGUUCUCAGUUCUGACAACAAUUCUGGCAAGAACAAAAUGGUUUAUGACCCUGCAGAACAUCCCCAUGGAUUGUUACCACCGCCAUAUCAUUGUGGAAAAUUCUUACGUCAGAGAAAAAUACCAUUUCAAUUGCCUUACGACUUGUGGUGGCUUCACACACAUUCAAGAUUGCCUGGUAGAGAUUUAGUACCAUCAUGGAAUUACAGAAAAAUCAGAACAAAUAUUUACUACGAUGUUAAGCCAACAACGUUAUAUGAAGCUCAGGCUUGCGAGUGUAAAGCUGAAACUGGUUGUGGAGAAGAUUGCAUAAACCGCAUGGUCUUCAGCGAAUGUUCACCACAGCUCUGUCCUUGCGCCGAAAAAUGCAGGAAUCAAAAAAUUCAAAGACAUGAAUGGGCGCCAGGUUUACAAAGGUUUAUGACCGAAGAUAAAGGAUGGGGAGUCAAAACCCAAGAGCAUAUUAGAUCUGGUGAAUUCAUUCUUGAGUACGUCGGCGAAGUUGUUUCUGAAAGAGAAUUCAAGUCCAGAAUGGCAACAAGAUAUGCUAAUGACACACAUCAUUAUUGCCUGCAUCUUGACGGAGGGCUAGUUAUUGAUGGGCAUCGAAUGGGAGGGGAUGGUCGCUUUGUUAAUCACUCUUGCGAACCAAACUGUGAAAUGCAAAAGUGGAGCGUACAUGGAUUACCAAGAAUGGCACUAUUUGCAUCAAGGGAUAUAAAAUCAGGAGAGGAACUGACCUACGAUUAUAAUUUUGCACUAUUUAACCCAUCUGAAGGUCAACAAUGCAGAUGCGGAAGCAACGCUUGUAGAGGCGUGAUUGGAGGAAAAAGUCAAAGAGUUGUCAGGCCAGUGAUCUUGUCUACUUCCCAAUCUCAAUCAGAGAACAGCGAGAGACGGUCUGUAGGACGACCUCGAAAGAAUGUUAGAAAAUCGAACAUCGUUCAUUCGUCAAAUUCAAAAGGAAUUUGUAAAUCCCGGAAAUUGGGUGAUCCAAGUGUCAUACCUACCCCGCUAGUAAAACCCAUGUCGCAUCAACAAAGAUGUUUCGCUCAACAGCAUCAUUGCUUUCUGCUUAGAAACUUGGAGAAGGUUAGAAGAUUAAAAUCUGUUUUGAAUCACCCUCAAGCUCAAGCAGGAAAAGUCAAAGUAAACGUAGCUCAGAAUGUUAAAGAAAAAGGUAACGGAGAUGCAAAGACACAAUCCGAUGCAUUUUUUUCGCAACUUACUGCGUUGACUAAUACAAAUCCUAGAACAGUAAGAACUCGACGUCUCGCUCAAGCACAGGAUGAUCCAGAAGUAAAUAAGACUGCUAAACUGGCCAAGGUUCUUAAAGACUUGUACACGUUGGUGGCAACUGCUAAAGAUGAAACAGACCAACUACUAUGUGCCCCAUUCAUUAAUUCACCACCAAAACGGAAAUUACCGGAGUAUUAUGAGAAGAUAUCAGAUCCAAUAGACCUUAGUACGAUAGAUCAAUGCAUAGGCACUGGUCACUAUAAGACAGCAGAACAGUUUGAUCAGGAUAUGAUCAGGCUCUUUGACAAUAACGUCAAAUUCUUUGGACGAACCUCCGAAGUUGGCAUAGCUGCAGCUAGAUUAAGAAAGUUAUACCUGGGUAGUAAGUUAGAAUUUGUUGAUGCUAUAACUGAUGCAAUGGGCGUACCACCAUCUCAAGGUUUUUUGCCACCUAGAGGCUCGACUGCUGGGGAAGAAGAUGUGAUACGUUGCAUUUGCGGAUUGCAUAGGGACGAAGGAGUGAUGAUUCAGUGUGAACGUUGUCUAGUGUGGCAGCACUGUGAUUGCGUUAAGGCAGAUACCAGUAUUGAAUCUUAUUUAUGUGAGAGAUGUCAGCCUCGGCCUGUUGAUUUAGAAAUUCCUUUAGAAGCUGAAGAAGAAGAAGAGGGCAAGAGGCAUUACGUAACACUCUUGAGGGGUGACUUACAGCUGCGUCAGGGUGACACUGUAUAUGUACUGAGAGAUACUCCUGAGAAACACACAUACAAAACGAUACAAAAGCCGGACUACGAACAGAUGGAUAUUUUCAGAAUUGAGAGGCUGUGGAAGAAUAGCCAGGGUGAGCGAUAUGUCUUCGGUCAUCACUAUCUAAGACCUCAUGAGACAUAUCACGAGCCAACACGUAAAUUUUAUGAAAAUGAAGUGGUAUGUGCACCUCUUUAUGAAGCAGUACCUUGCGAAUUAGUUGCUGGACGUUGCUGGGUUCUUGAUCCUCACACUUAUUGCAAAGGCCGCCCGGUUGGUUCUACAGCAGAACAUACUUAUGUAUGUGAAUACCGGGUAGACCGAGCUGCUAGAUUAUUCACAAAGGUCGCACGUGCCAGGCAUCAAGUGUGCACAAAACCAUAUGCCUUUGAAACCUUUAGUCAGCGGAUGAAAUACUAUCGAACGUAUUUGCCACACAGCCUGGAUGGUGUCUCGACAAAUUCAGGUCACAAAACGCACAAGGAUAAAAAGAAAAAUCAUCACGAUACUGAAACACACGUCAAAACAGAUUUAAAUGUCGAGAUAAUGAAAUCGAGUAAUAAGGAUCAACACAAGGCAUCUAAUAGGAGAAUAAGGCAACAUUCGAACGAUAUGACACAAAUUGCUAUGCCGUCUAUCAACUGCCGACAGCGUGGCGAACAAAGAAAACGGUUGAACGGUAUUUUGGUUGGCCUGCUGCAAAGAAUGCCAAAUAAAAAGGAUCCCCUAGAUUUGUCGUUCCUAUUGGAACGAAAUAGACGAAAUCGUAAACGACCAGGUGGACUUAACCCGUGACAUUGGUUGAUAACCCAAUGAUAAUGUCACAUUAUUACAGGUAGUUGGUAGAGUAUCGUUUUUGCAUUACAGCCAACCCCGCGUUUAAUGGGCGUACAUAUUUGCUGAUUUCGUAUAUUAUUACCUAGAAUACAUUUUUUAAGAUUGACAACAUUUCACAAAAUUUGUCCACGUGCUAUUGUAAGAUUUCAGGAAGGAAAAACGAGAGUAAAAGAAAAAUCCAGCUUUUGCUAGUUAUAGAAAUGAAUGAUUAUUUAAAUACUUUGGAAGAAGAAACUUUUGAAAAGAACUUGAUUUCGAAGUCAGAGAUCAAUGAAAUGCUAUUUAUUGAUUAAUGUUGAAUUAAAUUGCAGGUUUGGCUGUUAAGAUGUUUCUUCUUAAUUUAUUAAUUAUCAAUAUUGUACAGAAUUGUUUAUAAAUUAUUUUUAUUAUUAUACAAUUCGAUAUUGUUAAGAACAUAGUUAAUUACUUGUACAAAUUAUCGAAUACGUGUGAGAGAAAAAGAAUGAAUGAAGCUUGUUGCACAAAUUAAUAAUUAUAUUUUUCAUAACCCCGGUGUUAGAGAAGACUAUUGUAUAAUAUAAUAUUAUAUCGAAGAUAGGUACAUUAUUGACUAUAUUGUAUUUAAAUUAUUAUUCACAUUAUCAUCAUAACCCAAAAUGAUCGACGAAUUUGAUUAAAAUUGAACUGUAUAUACAUCUACGAUUGCAUAUUUAUUACGUUAUAUUUAAUAUUCUUAUUAAUAGUUUUUAUUUUAUAUUAUAUUCAUAUC